AUGGGCAACAACGGAAGUAGCACGGUACGUCCACCGGCCUCACAAACCAAACGCCAAGGGGCUGUAAUAACAUCCCUUGAUAGGGUGCAGUUGGAGCUGAAGUUGCAGCGUGAUAAAAUUAUGGCCGCAAUAAGGAAAUAUGAGCGAGCUGCGGAGGGCGAACAUGUUAGAGCUGCUGAGUUGCUGAGAAAUGGUAAACGGGAAUUGGCUCUCUACUGUUUAAAAAGAAGAAAGGCCCAGAUGUCACAAAUAACAUUAGUUACUUCAAUGCUUGAGAACGUAGAAAGGUUGAUAUGCACAGUGGAGUUUGCUCAAAUCGAAAGAGAAGUAGUGGAGGCCCUUAAAUGUGGCAAGGAUGAGCUGUCAAAACUUAACGCUAUAUUGAACAUGGAUGAUGUUUUGGAGUUAAUGGAUAGUACAGCUGACGUGGUAGAAGAGUCAAAGCAAAUCAACGAAAUUCUAGCGCAGCAACUUGUUGUCUAUGAUGAAAGCGAACUUCUGAGCGAAUUGUGCUCUGCCGAAGGUCAAGUCAGUGAUCUAACUUCUUUGAAGAGCAUGGUUGUCCCGGUAUCACAACUACCGUCUGAGCAAAGGGUUCGUGAGCGUGCAACUCUCGAGGACGACGAGCGUGUUCGACUGGCGGCAUAG